AUGUCGUCGCUUAACUCCUCCUUCUGUUCUGUCUCGAAGACCACCACCUUCCCUCGCGCGCAGAGCGACAAAAAAAGCGCUGUUUUUUGUUCCUCCUCUUUCUUGUCUUCUUCUUCUUCCACCACCCGCGCGAGUUGUAUUCAAAGUCAACGGGGAAGUUUACGAACGCAUCGGCGGUUUUCCAAUUCCAACGCGCUAAAGAGGAAUACGAAGACCAUCAACGAGGGACUUCUGAGUGCGAAAGCGAGGACGGUCGCGAUGUCCUCCUCCUCCUCGAACGACGAGCAAGACGUGAAAGACGUGCAAAUUACGCUCGUGGAUUGUUUCGCUGAUGAAAACGACCGAGAAAAGAUGACGACGGAAACGAGGCGAAACGCACGAGAAUCCAUCAUGGAGCUGGAAAACGCGCGUUUCGACGCGUUGCGUAAAGACAACCAAUUCGUCUUAGUGGAGAUAUUUAAAGGGAAAGAAGCACUCUCAGAGCAUAAAUCUGAACCGCACUAUAAAAACUGGAACAAAAACGUGGAGUCUUUGAUGUCGAAACCUCGGGCGAAGAGAAGUUACACACCGGUGUUUCCGACCAACGAGGAUUGGAACCAGGUGAACACGCCUUUGCAAAUCGAUGAGAACGGGCAACAGAUUGAAGUUUUGGAAGGGUCCGGGACGUCGGUCGCGUGCCACGUGACGAUUACCGUGCAUAAGAAAGACUGCGCCGCGUUUGAGAAGAUUUCGAUCGAAAACGCGAUUUCCUCCAAGCUCGAAGAGGACGGCGGGUGUUUACGAUUUGACAUUUUCAAAAGAAUUUUUAGCGAAGAAGACGAAAACGAAAACGACUCCGCGGAAGAAUACUUGUUCGCGGAAGUCUUCCGGGACUCUCAAGCGCAAACAUUCCACUCGCAAACUCAGCACUCGCAAAACUGGAAAACCAAAGUCGAACCGAUGAUGGCCAAGGCGCGGACGUGGAUUCAAUUCGACCAAGUCGUGUUCCCGACGGACGAUAAAAUGUGGGCCGACGGCGACGCGUGCGAGGAAGCGUGCGAAAUGGCUUGGUAA